AUCAAACCCACUACUUUCAAAAUGUCCGCACAAGCAGCAGCAAGAGUCGGCGCACAAGCAGCCAAGUCUGCGGCCAAAUCUGCAGAUGGCCAUGUUCUUAACAAGGGCGCAAAGAGAGAUCCCGAACUCUACGUUCUCUUCGGUGUCAUGGCCGGUGCCUUUGGUUUGGCCGGCUACUACUUCGGUGGUAAACCCACUUCAGCUACCUCAGAAGCUAAAGUAAACAUCGCUCCUGGUACCAUGCCAUGGCAGACUGAGAGCUCCAAAGGCGAUGCUGCCAGACAGGACUUCAAAUACCAAUAUCACCCAGCCGGUGACCCAAGAAACCCACCAAAGGACGCACCUAGCGCAUUGCACAGCGUCAUUGUUCCCAAUGUCAACUUGCCAAAGGAGCUACACGAGAAAUACAACAAGUGGGGUAAGGACGGAUAUUAGAUCAGAGGAACAAACACAGAUUGUGGUGGGGGUGAUUGCAAGACUAGACAGAGUUGUACAUAAGCGGAAGAGGUUAUUUGAUGCAUUGAACUCUCAUUGUUAGACUUG